GCCAUCUCCCUUCAAACUUCAAGGUCGCGUCUUCCUCAUCACAGAAGCUUCCAGGUUGCGCUCGUUUCUCGGAGAUACCCCUUUAGCGCGACGCUGCGCAUUGUUGGAACGUUUUUCUCAUUUUGACAAACAUAAAGCCACGACUAGCCUUCGCAGCGUCAUUAAAAAACCAGAGAUUGGUCGAAGAUAACACAGAUUGCGGCGUCGCCAACGCCAGGUGACUUUAUCGAUGAACGAUUCCAGGGCAAUAUACUAUACAUGGGGGAAUCUCUAGGAAUAGGUGUCGAAGAAGUCCAAAUGCACACAUUCAAGGAACGACUGGUACAGGCGUCACAGGAGAUCGCAAACUUAUCCAACCCCGGCCCCCUUCCCUGUAUAAAAUCAUCUGAACUGUAAAUUCGGUGUCAAAGGUUCGGUCAUCUCCAACCUCUCUUUUGCAUCGCGUCGAAAAACAAUGCCCCCAAAUCUCGUCGUGCCGAACCAUACCGAAGACAGGAAGUGGUGGAAAGAAUCCGUCAUCUAUCAAAUUUAUCCCACAUCGUUCUACGACACGAACGGUGAUGGUAUAGGCGAUCUCAAAGGUAUUCAGUCCAAACUGGAUCAUAUCAAGGACCUUGGCGCUACCGUCAUUUGGUUGUCGCCGAUAUACAAGUCACCACUUGUUGACAUGGGUUACGAUAUAGCGGAUUAUCGCGAUAUUGAUCCACGUUACGGGACUUUAGAGGAUUGGGAUCGAUUGUUGAAGGCGACGCAUGAUAGAGGAAUGAAGCUGAUGAUGGACCUUGUCGUCAAUCAUACAUCUGACGAGCACGAGUGGUUCGUCGACUCUCGUUCUAGUAAGAACAGCCCUAAAAGAGACUGGUAUAUCUGGCGACCUCCUCGUUAUGACGACAAAGGCAAUAGACAACCUCCAAACAAUUGGCGGUCCAACUUCGAAGGCUCCGCUUGGACAUAUGAUGACAAAACGGGAGAAUAUUAUCUUCAUCUCUGGCAUGCGAAACAGCCAGACCUGAACUGGGAAAUUCCAGAGGUACGGGAUGCCGUUUGGGAUAUCAUGAAGUUCUGGUUAGAGAGAGGAUCCGAUGGAUUUAGGAUGGACGUGAUCAAUUGUUUGUCGAAGACUCCAGGACUUCCAGAUGCCCCCAUCUCUUUCCCGGGCGAAGACUAUCAACCAGCAAGUAUAUACUACGCCAACGGUCCUCGAAUCCACGAAUUCCUUGGGGAGAUGAAUGAAAAAGUUCUUUCGAAAUACGACACGAUCACCGUUGGCGAAACGCCAUUCACCUACGAUACCGACAAGCUGGUCGAAUACGUCCUUCCUCACAACCAUGAGCUCCAAAUGGUUUUCCCUUUCGAGUUAAUGGAAAUCGAUGGCGAGAAACCGGAUCCUAGUCUCAGACCAGGAGAGGUUCAAGCUGACCAGGUGGCGCUUAUUCACAAGGAUUGGAAGCUCUCGGAAUUCAAACGAGUAGUCCAAAGAUGGCAACUGUUGAAGAUGAAAGAAGGGUACUGGAAUGCGUCCUACAUUGAAAAUCAUGACCAAGCGCGUUCAGUGACUCGAUUUGGGAAUGACUCGACAGAUGAGCUUCGGUCAAUCUCUGCGAAGUUGUUAGCGCUGUUCCAUGUGACGCAACGCGGGACGCUGUACAUUUUCCAGGGGCAGGAGUUGGGUCUGAAGAAUGCACCACGGACGUGGGGUAUCGAGGAAUACCUCGACGUGGCCACAAAAAACUUUUGGGAGAAGAUUCUCUCUCGGAGACGACGGGAAUCUGGGAAGGAAGAUGUAAAUAUGGACGACAUUCUCGACGGAAUACAAAUGAAAGCCCGGGAUCAUGCGCGAAUUCCCGUAUCGUGGAAUUCUUCUCCAUAUGGAGGGUUUACCACUGGCAAGCCCUGGAUGCGAGUCAACGACGAUUACCGCACUUGGAAUGCCGCUUCGCAAGUUGGUGAUGAUAGUAGUGUUUAUGCUUUUUGGAAGCGCCUGCUGGAGGUCAGGAGGCAAUACGAUGUUUUGAUCUACGGUGACUUUACGCUGCUCUUCCCAGAGCAUGAACAGCUGUUCGCUUUUACCCGGUCGCUCAAGUCCGGAACGGUGGCGUUUGUGGUUAUGAACUUCUCGAAGGAGCCACUGAAAUUCAAAACCCCAUUACCCAAGAUCCAGGGUGCUAGCGAGCAGGAAUUCGCGUGGGAUGCGUUUGAAUUCGUUAUUGGGAACAGAUCCGAAGCGGAAAUUUCUCUAGCCGAAGGGGAAUUCGUACUGAAGCCAUAUGAAGGGAGACUGUAUAUCUCGGCUAAAUGAGGGGGAAACGGGUGGAAACGGGUGUGGUUGAACGUACACCAUCCCGCCACCACCCUGCCGUUCUCGUUGCUUUCAAUGAGGAAAACUUGUUCAUACAUGCUGAAACCUGUGCUUAGGGUAGCGCCGUUUACCGAUGAAAUUCAAAGUAAUUCGC